AAAUGCUAUAAAACGUUUAAUUGACAUACAAAAAAAAUAAUAAUUGUUAAAUUCCAAUAAAACCACAAAAAUGGAAAUACAUUUACUUAAGAACCAUAAAACAAAAAAACAAGACUGAUUCAAAAAUUAAACAAAAAACCAACUUUCUCAAAAAAAAAAAACAAAAAUUCAACAAAUCAUGCAGAUUUAAUUCCAACAAAAACCUCAGAAAACUUAUUACAACCAACAAAACUCGUUAACAAAGUAUACGUAAAAUGAAACAAAAUCAACAACAACAACAAUACAAUACAAAUAUUUAACAAAAAAUUUAAUAAAAAAAAUUACAAAAAAAAGUAUUUAUUAAGUAACUUAAAAAUAUAAUACAAAAUAAACGUAGAGUGCAAAUACAAAAAAAAUAUUUUUCCUAAAUAAAAAACAAAAUAUUGCUCAUUUAAUAAAAUAAAACAAAAAUACAACAAAAUAUACGAAAAUUGAUGUAAACAACUAAAAAAAAUCCCUUAAAUCUUACCUUUCAACAAAAAAUAAUAACCGAAUGUAUACGAUUCACUGCAAUUAUUAAUUAAAUUAACAACAAUAUACCUAUAUAAAAAAAAAUUUAAAAAAUUAAUGAAAAAUAUUUUCUAAAAUUCUAAAAACAAAACAAAAAUAGUUUUAAUAAAACAAAAAACAAAACCCACAACAAUUAUACGCGUACAUAGUGCAAAAUUAUUAAAAAAAUCAACAACAACAACUACAACCACAAAAUACCCCCCUACACACAACAAUAAUUUAUUAAAUAUUAUUAAUAAUAAAGAAAACAAAAAUACAAAAUAAAUAAUAUUUUAAGAAUCAAACAACAACAAGAAGAACAUAAACCUUAGCCAAGCCAACAUCAAUAACUCAUCAUAAGGAGGCAAAAACUCAUCAACAUUCGUUCAGCAACGGCAUCAUUGCCACCACAGUUUUUUUUCGUGCUUUUUGGUGUUCUCCCCUGCUCUGUCCCAGAGCAAUCAAAAAUUUUUUGUUAUUUAAAACAAAAACAAUUUUUAUACCAAAACCAACUAUAAACACCGUGCUAUAAUUUUUUCCUAAAUCAAAAAAGAAAAUCUCCAAAUUUUGUUUUUUGAAAAAAUUGAAAAUUGUUGCUAUUUAACUAAAAAAAAAUUGCUGAGUGGAGCUCUCCCAACUAAACUCGCUCUCUGCUACUCUCUCUCUCGCAUAUUGUGAAUUGAGAGCGUAAGAAAUUCAUCAUUAACUACAACCUCCUCUAAAACCACACCACCACCACCAUCAAAAAAAGCAACAACAACAACCACACCAACAAACUCAAAAUGCUGCACGAAGCUUUAAUGCUAGAAAUCUAUCGCCAGGCCUUGAAUGCGGGAGCUUUGCCCACAGCACGGCCGCGAUCGACAGAGUCUGCCAAUUCCAGUGAGCGCUGUCCCUCGCAUGAAUCGAAUUCCUCGGAAAAUGGUAAGGAUCAUCGUGAGAACAGCCUUAGCCAAGCGCCAGCCGGAGUUCUGCCAUUGCCCUCAUCGCCGGGGGCGUUUCCAGCCAUUCCAAAUAUGCCAGCCCAACCACCCUCCAUGGAGGCCUAUUUACACAUGGUAGCCGCGGCUGCCCAACAAUAUGGCUUCCCCUUGGGUGCAGGUCCCCGCUUGCCCUUGCCAUUGCCCACAGAGGCUGCCCAAGCAGCUGCGGCCGCUUUCAAAAUGCCCCCACAAGCCUCACCCACGGCUUCCAGCAAUCAUUCCGAGGCUUUGGAUUUUCGUACAAAUCCCUAUGCUCGUUCUGGCUCCGCAGAGCCUGUUGCCUCCGACGAAGAAGAGGAGGAGGAAGAGGUCAAUGAUGGCAAUAAUCCCUUGGAUUUGUCCUGCGGCACACGCAAGCGUUCGGCGGAGGAUGAGACAGAAGCAGAUGCUUCCUUGGGGCAAAUUCAAGUGAAGAAAAUUUUCAAAUCCGAUAGUCCACCUUUGGCAGCGGCGCCUCCACCAGCCCAGCAAGUUCCUCCCAAUCAUAUGAUGCCAGGAGUUAAUCCCUAUUUGGCAGCAGUGGCAGCGGCCAAUAUUUUCCGUUCGGGACAAUUUCCCGAUUGGAAUGGCAAGAGUGAUCUGGUGGUGGAUCCUUUGGAGAAAAUGUCUGAUAUUGUGAAGGGGCCACGCAAAGAAAAGAAUUCUCGUCCCUCGUCCAACUCACAGGCGAAUGCCCAACCUGUUACCCCACAGCCACCAGCUCCAGUGCAAAGUGCGCCAGCCCCACCACCAGCCAGUGAGGGCAUCACCAAGACCAGACACAAUAUCUGGCAGUCCCACUGGCAGAACAAAGGAGUGGCCAGCUCGGUGUUUAGAUGUGUUUGGUGCAAGCAAAGCUUCCCCACCCUGGAGGCCCUUACCACCCACAUGAAGGAUAGCAAGCAUUGCGGGGUGAAUGUUCCACCUUUUGGCAAUUUGCCUACGGCCAAUGAGCGUCCACCACCACCUAGCCAACCUCCACCAGGUGCCAAUCAUCUAAGGCAGCCCCACAAUAAAGGCAACAAUUCGGGUCCUUCGCAGGCGGCCAAAAAUGCAUUCCAGUAUCGCGGCGACCCUCCCACUCCUUUGCCCCGCAAACUGGUGCGUGGUCAAAACGUUUGGCUGGGCAAGGGUGUGGAACAGGCCAUGCAAAUUCUGAAAUGCAUGCGCUGUGGCGAAAGCUUCCGUUCCCUCAAUGAGAUGACCAAACACAUGCAAGAGACUCAGCAUUAUACCAAUAUCCUGUCGCAGGAGCAAACGAUCUCAAUGAAGUCCACUCCGAACUCAGCGCCAGGUGAAAGCAAAGAAGGCCAAAGUCUUAGUUCCGAAGAAAGUCGCACCCUCAGUGCUGUGCUUACCUGCAAGGUUUGCGACAAGGCUUUCAACUCCUUGGGGGACCUCAGCAAUCACAUGGCCAAAAACAAUCACUAUGCCGAACCCCUAAUGCAGUCCAUGGGUGGAGGAGCGGCCGGCAAUCGCAAAAGACCGGCUCCCAAAAAGCGAGAGAAAUCCUUGCCAGUACGCAAACUCUUGGAGAUGAAGGGAGCCCAGGAUCAGCUGGAACAGGAAAUGGAGAUGCAGAAAAUGCAACGCCCUGGCAUGGGUCCAGGUUCCGAUAAAACUGAGGCUGCUUUAUUUGCCGAGCGCAUGCGUCAAUACAUCUCGGGCAUUAAGCCCGAUGAACCUGCCAAAAAUCACAUGGCAGCCUCCAAUGUACUUAACAAAACCAAAUCGCCCGACUUGCUAGAGCCAAAAAAUGGAGCCACCAAGGCAGCACCCGGCUCCUCUUCUGUACUGAGUGCCAUUGAGCAAAUGUUCACCACUAGUUUUGAUACACCACCACGCCAUGCCAGUCUGCCGGCCACAAGUCCUUCCAAUUCGUCCACUAAAAAUACCUCACCUGUGGCUUCCAAUAUCCUUAAGCGCUUGGGUAUCGAUGAGAAUGUUGACUAUAACAAGCCCUUGAUAGAUACAUCGGAUCCCUAUUACCAGCACUACCGUUACACCAGCAGUGAACGCAGUGCCAGCGAGUGCAGUGCUGAGACCCAUAAUGAUUCGCGCAAAAUGGAGAAUCCCACACCAGACAAAAGCUAUCAGGAGGAGGCCAUUGCAGCCUCCCACAAAAUGGAUUGUGAUGUGGAUAUAAAAAGAGAAAUGGAAAAAAAUGAUGCGGAAUGUGCCACCAAUCUAAGUGUGGAUGCGGUGCCAAAAAUCAAGCAGGAAAUCAAAGCUGAAAUCGAUGAUGAGGGGGAUGAUGACGAGCCUCGCAUACAAAGUCCAAAGGAGAGAUCAGCAGCAGCCUCGGGCUCAGCUGCUGAUGGCAAUGCUGUCAACUCCAAUGGCACCGAUUACUCGCUGAACAACAACAACAACAACAACAAUAACACCAAAGAAUGCCAAGCGCAAUCUCCCAAAUUGGCCACUAGUCCCCAGUCACGCCUGCUGCCGCCACGCAGUCCCACCGACAGCCAUCGUUCACUGACUCCCAAGUCUCCGGCCUCGAGCAUCAAGUCCUACGAUGGGGGCGAGAAGAAAUACCCCAGUGACUCCCUAAAUGCCCUCUCGUCCAUGUUCGAUUCGUUGGGCAGCACCACCAACUCCUCGACCCUCAGCAACCGGCCCCAGCCCCAGAACACCUCAUCCCUGCUAAGCGCCAAACUCGAUUCGCCCGAGAAUCUGACCACCUCGAAUUCAUUAGCUGCUCUACGUCAAUUCUGCAUUAAGAAAGAGAAAACCGCUUAAAAACGCUCUCCAACUUAUUUCGUUUUUAUUUUUCAUUUCUAUUAUGGGAAACAGUGUGAAAAACAUAUUUUUUGUUUUUGCUAUAAUUUCGUUGGCGCCCAACGUCUCGCUCUCGGAGUCAGCCGCGAAAUUAUGAUUUCUGUUUUUAAAUCACAAUUAAAAAAAAAAAAAGAAGAGAACAACGCUCUUUUAGCUGGCCACCGGCAAGUAGGAACAAGCGCGCUAAAGGCGAAGCAGAAAGUCUAGAACGCCCCAGAGAAAAGAAGGCCACGUGUUUGACUGAUUUUGAAUAAUUCUCAAUAACUAGACGACGACACCAACACUACUCCAAAGUCUUCUGUACUUUUAGCGUGUUACAGCAGCCAAUACAAAACCGGAAGCUCGCUUGCUUUUCUUUCGACCCCGCUAUGGGAGAAAAGAGUGUUGAUGAGAGAUUAUGUUUUCGAGAGUAACCCUGAUGCUAUGAAAGAGAGCCGGAGAGUCUAUGGAUGAGUUAACUCUCCCACUCUCAGCAGGGUAAGGAAAAAGAGAGUGAGGCUCUGCGCAGCCAACGCAACAGUGAGAAUGAUGCUGUUGCAACUUGUGAGCAUGCCACAUUAAAAGGCACACGAGUGUUACAUAGAGCGGGCGAUCAAUGAGCAGUGAGAGUGAGCUAGAGAAACAAAGAUGAGGUGCACAGAGUGGAAAAGAGAAAAGCAGCUAGUAAGGAUUGCAAGAUUUAUUGCCGAGAUAGAAAGAGAGACUGGAUAUUGAAAACCGUCUUUAAGGUUUAAGAGAAAGAUGAAAAAAAAUAUAAAAAAUGAAAUCAAAAAAAAAAAAAACACAACACA